AUGGCCUGCCUGAGGGCUGCCUUGCGGCCUGCAUGCGACAGCCGCCAGCUCGAAUCACGGCGCAGAGGACGCAUGCAGGCGGGCGCGGCUAUGCUUCUUCAGGCGGUGGUAGAUUACCCAGCAUCGAAGGUCGAUUCAGACCUAAGUCUUAAGCACGUCAAUAUUAUUUUCCUGUGCGCGACGGAGGCUACGCUACUCUGUACGGCGCCGCGCAGCGACCUAACGGCCAGGGGGGCACGCCAACGGCCAGUUGCAACCUUUCCAGACCCGACUAAAAGCCGCAGCGUGGGCCCCGAACCCCCGGCCGGAAUUUGCUGGCCUGAACUCUGGCAGUCAUCGAGUCCACGACGCCUGGGCCAUUUGCUUCCGCCCUCCUGGUGCCCCCUUCAGACCUUCAGAACCCCCCGACUGCCCCGUCGCUUCCUCGCUCGCCCCCAAACCAGUCCAUCUCCGUCACUCCCUGCCUUGCUCUCUUGCCGUCCAUCCAACCCCCGUCCUGUGCGCUCUCUUGCUUUCGUUCUUCUGAUCCCUCCUUCGCCUCUCUUCUCCAGCGGAGACCCACGAUCAGAAGCCAGGCGCGCAUCGAGCGUCGUCGCGUCGUUUUCCCAAUUGAUUGAGUCUUCAAGCUGUCCGGUCCGACGACACCAGCACCAUGCCUGCUUACGAAAUCCGUUCCGGGGGGGAUGUCAAGAACAAGAAACAGAGCAUGGCGGACCUCAAGUACCGCCGCCUGACGGAGCUCAACAGUCGACUGAAGGAGGACCUGGAUCGUCCUCGUGUGAAGGUGUCAGAGGCUUCUCUAUCGUGAGUGUUCCCCGCGUUGAGCAGCAUCCGCAGGAAAAGGGAGCUGUCGCCCAGCACCCGACACCCCCUUAUCGUCGCGUCGUCUCUCCCCACCCAUUGACCAUUGCAAUCAACGUAUCGACUGAUGAUUUCGUGAUCGCCAGACUUAUCAAUUACUGCAACAACACGCGUGACUUCAUGGUGCCGUCCGUAUGGGGCCAGGUUGACAAGCGGGAAGACCCCUAUGCGCCUCAGCAAUCAGGCGGCUGCUGCACCGUCAUGUAA